UGUUCACAUGCACGCGGUAACUUUCUUCGUCGGAGUCUUCCUUGCAUGAUAUUCGGAAAAAUUUUCAUAGUGUAAUAAGAAGUUUUCCAUAACCGUAAUUAGUACGUAACAGUUACAGUUCGAAGUUCGGGUGUUUAAGAAAUGUGCUAGAAUUCAUUUUCGUUAUAAUUGGUGUUGGAGUCGCGAAGUCGCCCUCUAAAGCUGAGGUAACCUUAAUCACAACAGUUCAUAUCUUUAAAAUGGGCUUCCAAAAGUAAAAACUGAGCAUUUACUCGAAUAAACAUGGAAAUUUCUGGGGAGGAAAUCAUGGAUUCAUCUUCAGCAAUGCAUCCAGAAAACAUUGAUUUGUCUAUUGAAAAUGUACCUGAAAACGGUGACAGCCUUAAUCAUAGGAAUCUUUUAUCUGAAGCGGUAAAGAUGGAGCAUCAAGAAAAAUUUCUUGAAUUUGCAUGGGGUAUGGAAAUGCAAGUUGAAGAAGUACCUCUAAAGCCUUUUAGAGUAGUGGAAGUUGAUCUCAACAUUCAAGUACCAGUAUCAUUACAGAAUAUCCAACUACUUAAAGAUAUUUCUAAAAAUGCAUAUGCUGACAAAGAAAACAAAUUUUCAUUUGGGCACACAUCAGGACAGGGAUGCGAAAUUGGAGCUUCAAAAAUAUAUGGUUCCAAUCAUGAGGAUCUUGACAUAUCAUCCAUGAUCAUCAGCCAUCUUCAGCUACCUAAUGAGAUGAAUAUAGCAGCAAAGUUUAAGAAAUUAGUGUUGUAUGCUGGACCUCAGUGCUUCACUAACAAUCUGGGUUCCUGUUGGGUUGAUGGAAAAUUUGGUACACUGCUCCUUCAAUUACCUGUCGAAGGAGGACAUGAAGGUGGACAUAUAAAUAUUGAAUAUCAUGGAAGGAAGAAAAAGUUUGAGAGCCAUACGAAUAGUGACAAAACUUUCUAUCUGUCUUCAUUUUACGAUUGCUGUGAACAUUUUAUUGAACCCGUUUUACAAGGACACAAGUUGAUGCUUGUUUUCGAUCUCAUUUGGACCAAUGCAAAGAUAGAGAUCCCACGUAACUUUCCUGUUUUUCUUACAGCGCUCAAACAAAUGAAGAAAGCAAUCAAAUCAUGGCUUUACAAUCCCCUGUUAAAUUCAAGGAAAAAGGAUGAAACGCAGCCUGUCAUCCAUUCAGAUUGUUCGCCAUCCGGUUUUCUAGCGAAUUCUUCUCCUACAAUUGCAACAGAAGCCUUUUUCAUAAAAAAUGACAGUUUGAACAGUGAAGCGGAUUUUCACCACUCUGAGGAAGUAUUGAAAGAAAAUAUCUUGUUCCUGGUUUUAAACGAAAAAUAUGACGAGAAAUUCCUUUCAUUUGAACUAUUGCGGAGACGUGAUCGAGUUUUCGCGGAAGCAUUGUUGCAGUGCAGUUGCUUAGAUGUGCACCUUGCAUUAGCAAAGCGAAAAAUCCAAAAUGUAAGAAGAGAAAACUCCAUUGAUGUUGAACAGUUUGAAUCAGUUACAAAUCCUGAAAAGGGCAAAGUAUUUGAAGUUUCACACUUCAUUGAUUCUAAUAAUGUGACGAGAAACUUGAGCAUCGAAUUGAAUUGGGACGAACAAUAUGUUGGAACCAUUCAGCCAGACCAAGAGAAGAUGGCCAAUAAAGAAGAUCGUGAACGACAAGUCGAAAUUGAUCAAACAAGUUCGCAUUACGGCGUGUUGGUUUUCUGGCCCAAGCAUCGUUCUAUUCAGAUAUAUUGCCGUUUUGGUCUCCAUUCACUUCUCCUUCAAAUGUGUAAAUCGCUGGCAUCUUUACCCAAAUGGAAAGAAGACACCCUACGAAGUUUCAAAAGUGAUUUGCGACAGUUAAUUUCAUUUUGUUGUGCCGAACCUGAAAAAGCAUGGAUCAAAUCGGGGAUGGAGAAAGGGGAAUUGACACUACGGUUGCUCCGGUUAUGUAUCGCAUUGCGAGCCCGUGAAGAGGGUCUUGAUUUGUUGAGGAUUCUGGGUUCAAAUUUCGAAGAGAAGAUUAAUGGUGGAGUCGCAUACUGUGAGUGUAACUUCGAGGGAAUUCAAAACGAAGAAGUGGCUUAUGCCAUAGCGAAAUUCGAGUGUCAAGUAGCCGGUUGGAAUGUAAUCGCUGAUCUAGUUAAGAAGUUGGUUACGCCUGAUCGAAUCGCCAAGCAGUUAAUUCCAAUUUGCAAGUUGUCAAAGUUCUUCUUGAAUGUCAAUUGCAUUGAAGGAGCCAGAGUGGUAGGAGACUGCGUUUCUUCUUCGUUCGACAAAACUGACAAAACCCAAGUUUCGAAAUCCAAACUGUGUGAUGUGCAAGCUUAUGUUGACAUGAUAGUGGUGUUGGAGACAAAUCGUGACACUGCGGACCCGGAGAAAAUAGCAUCGUUUGUUCUCUUUUUUUCUAAGCUUAAACCAUCUCUUCAAUGUCGUUUAACAUUGGAUUUCGCCGCCCAGAAGAACCAUUUUCUAGGAAGUCUACAUUCAUGGCAAUUUAUAUUUCGAGAUUUGUGCGAAAUUUUAUCAGUUUCGUGUAAGAUUCAGUCGCCACCUGCCAAGACACUUGCUUUCGAUUUCAUGAAAGCAAUUGAAGCCUGGUUAUUGGAGCUGUCACAAGAAAUAGAGCUGCGUCCUGAGUUAAAAGAGCUCGUUGAACCACACAUUAAGGUAGAAUAUGUUGAACUUAAUAACGAGUCAUUUACAUCACAUAAGAGUGUUCUGCAGACAAUUCAAGCCAGUGUAAUCGUCACGGAAGAACCCGAAAAAUUGCCUGUCAGUGGUGGCAAAAGUGACUGUCAAGGUAGCUUAGAACUGUGGGAUACUUCUACUGCCUUCAAUUCACAAGGAGAUACUUUGAAAGGGUCAUCUGAAUUGGGCGCACCUACUGACGAUUGGACGACUGCGACGAAAGAAUCCAAUUCUGCGUGCAAUUUGACGAUAUCACCGGCUAUUGACUGUGAUGAUUGGAAUGCCGCAUCAGAUGCUUGGACCUCAACGAAUGAAAGCCCACAUGCAUCAUCAGAAAAAACAGUUGGAAAAGCUCCAAUCGACGAUGACUGGGGUGCAAAGGCUGAUUCGACCGAAAAAGAAAUAGCCCCACGUCCAAAUGAAACACAAUCCGUUGAUGACUGGGGAGCAUGUGCCGAUGCUUGGGCGUCCAAUAGCAAAACAACAUCGCAUGCCACUAAAGCAGGAACCAACAGCGGUAGUCAGUCGGAUUGGGACCAACCUGACAACGUAUCUGCUACAAGUUCCAGACCCAUUGCGUCAGAUGACUGGAACUCCUGGUCGUCAUGUUCGAAUACAGCCACUGAAAAAACGACAUACACUUCAAAAUCUGGCUCAAGCGAUACCUGGGCGACCUCAGAGGAUCCUUGGGGAACAACAAAUGGACGGUCCACUUCAAGGAUAGGUCAAUCCAAUGCUUGGGGAAGCUCAGAAAAUGCCAGCAAUUCCUGGAGCUCUAGCAACUAUACUACUCGGCCAGGUGGAAGAGGUCGUGGUAGUAGAGGGCCGCCACGACCUUGUAGUCAGUGUAACGAAGAAGGACACACGUCUUAUAAUUGCCCCACUAGAGGAAGAGGUAGAAGCAAUGGCGGUACAAGAGGCUCGCGCUCUUGUUAUAAAUGUAAUCAAGAAGGCCAUGUGUCCUACGAGUGCCCAACCAGUUCGACGCGAGGAAGAGGAGGUGGAAGAGGUGCUUCUAGAGGCACACGCGUUUGUUAUAAAUGUAAUGAAGAAGGACAUGUGUCUUAUGAAUGCCCUACUGGCCAAAGGAGUGGUGGACGAGGCUCUGCAAGGCCUUUUUACCAAUCUAGUUGUGAGGUAGCGAAUUCCAGCAAUAACCAAUCGGUAAUGGAUGAUUGGGGCACGCUAACGAGCGUACCAAAUUCAAGGUCUUCAAAUGGCAACACAUCUGAACGCCCCAGUGAAAAAAUUGAUGUUUGGGCAACUCCAAAUAAUACUAGUAAUUCCUGGGCAACUCCAAACAGUUCUAGUAAUCCCUGGGCAACUGGUGCUAAUGCUGCCACAAGUGGGGCAAGAAUCACUUCAAGCUAUAAUGCACCAGUCCGUAACAACCAACCGGAGGUGGAUGAUUGGGGUACACCAAAUAGUUCGGCUAAUGCCACUUCGGCUUUUCCAUCUGCAACUUCAACGCGUCGUAAUGAAACAGCCGUUUACGCAGAACCUGAUGAUUGGGGAUUAGCAGCAGAUGCAUGGUCUUCGGUUACGCCUUGCAAGUCCGUAGCUCCGUCUACUAGAUCAAGUGCGGUGGCAACAACUAGUGGGGAUGAUUGGGCCACGGAAGCUGAUGUUUUGUCUGGUAAAAGUGGUUCUUGUUCUAGCGCAAAAGCUACAGCGACAGCCAAGUGAAUGAACGAUUGGACUGGCACUCGGAGAACAACAACCAAGUCUGAUCCACGAUUAGUUUCAUCGAAAUCGUGUCCCUUUGUCUGGAACGGUACAAUAAGGCAUCGUUCCAUGUCGUUCAGAAUCAACAUGGAAAACUUAGACACAAAUUCCUCUCCGGAUCUCGCUGAUCUAGCAAUACCAACAGCACUGAAAGUCGUUGGUACUAUUGAGCCUGAAAAAGUAUGGAAUUACUUGAGACAAGUAAGGAUAACGAGCCGUGAAAAAAUCGUCGUAUUCCACUUUACACAAGCACUGAAUGCGGAGAUUUCUUACGCGGAUUGCUACCAAUACUUUCUUGACGGCUUCCGUAAAAGAAACUGGUUUGGUGUUGUUGGUUCCGUACCAGAUUCCAAACUUCCAUGCACCAUUAAGGACUUCUACAUCACUCCGUUACCCAAAGAAGAUCAUAUUCCAAGGGAGCUGGAAACUGUCGCUUCAGCAAAAUGUUUGAGAGAAAAUCGGCUUUCCGAUUUAUUACUGGCAAUUGUUGUAAUUCAAAGUAAGCGCCCGAUGGAUCAGGCCUGUUUUGGUGCGUCUGCCAGGCCUUCCAAAGUCGCCAAAGUGGGAAACACUACCAUUCCGGUUGACGACGUCCAGGCAGAAUCAGUUGCAGUUGAAAAGAUCGAUGCUGUGACCGAAAAUCAAUCUGCUCCUUCUCAACCACCUAGUCGAUUAACCACCAUUCGUCAAAAGCUACAGCAAGAUAUUCAGAGUGUUGAUCCAGUCAAAGCCAGAGUUCAUACACACUCCCUUCAGCAGUCUGCUGCCAAAACACCCUUGUCAAAGACUCCAUUUCUAGGUAUACUUCCAGCUGUUCAAACUACAAUUCCGUUGACGACUGGUGAAUCCAGCGAUGCCACAUUGCAGACCGAAAAAGAAGCAAGUCCCAGCCAAGUUUCAAUCGCUGACGAAAAAAUCCAGAUUCCAGGUUGUUUCUUUUUUUUAUUAUUAUCAAACCACAUAAAUAGACAAGAUAAUUGUUAUUAUUAUUUUUCUGAAAUAUUGCAGCAGCCACCUGUAGAUGGUGAAUUGCUAAUGAAGCAAGCCAUAAUGGAAGAGCUAAAUCGUCAAAUUGAAGCUUCAAAGCAGAGCAAGUUGACGGAAGGGGAUUCAACUGUUCAAUCAGAGACACUAAAUUUGACUCCUGACGAACAUGUUAAAUCCAUUGCCGCAGAAGUUGCUUUAUCAGCCACCCCUGUUUUACCCGAUGGACCGGUAACACGUUUCAGAUCGAAGAGAUUGGCUGUUGCAGAGAAGGUUCCAACAAUCAAGCAGACAAAGGCUACUAUUUCUUCGAGUUCGGAUCUUUCCAAAGAAAACGUAGAUCUGAGGACGAAAUUAGACAUGCUAAAGACCCAACGAAGAGCACGCAUUUCUGGCAAAGAAAUUGAUAUACCUAAGGAAGCUAAGAAACGUCGUUGUUUUGUCGAAGGCUGUGGGAAGGAUGCGCAGUCAGAUAGUGUCUAUUGUAGUGAUGACUGUAUCGUUAGCCACGUGCGAGAUUCGCUCAACUCAAUGAGCAAGGAGAAGAUAAAAGAGGCUCAGUUACAGGAACCGUCUGACCCUAGUACUUCGCUAACGCCACCCAACGCUUUGUCGGAUGAAUCCAUGUGGAAAGAUUCAAUCGACUACACCCUUCUAAUGACUCAACCAACACCUGCACUGGCCUCUAAAUUGCUUGCCAUGACGCAAAUGAGGAAGUCUAUGGCGUCAGGGAAUAAGCCAGUCAAUUUGGCUGACGAUACGCCUGUCCCGGUCAUGGAAAGAAAGACUGGAAAGAUCCUUUGUGGCCCGUCAGCACCAAAAGUGGGAAAUUUGGAACAGUGGUUGAAAAGCAAUUCGACUUAUCAAAUUAUCAAACCUGAAUCGCUUCCAAUUAAACCCUGGUUGCCGAUUGUUUCUACGGUUCCAUCGGCGCAAACUGCUCAACCUACGACACCACCAGCUAGCACACAUUCAUCAGCUUCGUCAUCAAAGGCCGAAGUGGAUGGUCGUAGCUCAAAGAAAUUGAGCAAUUCCUCGUCUUCCUCCAAAGCAAAGGUGUCACGAAAAAGGUCUGUGGAAACACCCAAAGAAGAGGAGACAUCAGCAAAGGUAGCCAAACAUGACACUGAGUCGACCAGGGUUAUUACGAGGAGUUCCCUCAAAGAAGCUCUGUGGAACCGAUGCAAAGAUGUUAACGAUCUGGAAAUAGACGAAGCAGCCGUUGAAGGAAUUGCGAAGGAGGUGGAAGAAUCUCUUUAUUCUCUGUUCAAACAAGAUGUCACCACAAAAUACAAAAGCAAAUAUCGGAGUUUGAUUCAUAACAUCAAGGAUCCCAAAAAUUCUGGAUUGUUCCUCGAGAUCGUUACAAAGCAAAUAACGCCCGUUCAGUUGGUGAUGAUGUCAACCGAGGAAUUGGCAUCCAAGGAUUUAGCCGAAUGGCGGGAACAAGAGGUCAAACGCCAGCUAAACUUGAUCGAAAAGAAUGAACAGGAACGUUUAUCUCAAGUCAACAAAUACCUGAUAAAAACCCACAAAGGAGAAGAGUUUAUCAAAGAAGUCGAUGAAGAUUAUGAUGAAUUAGACGACGACACAUCGAAAAUUGCCGGUUUUCCUGAUACACCACCUGAAGACUCAAACUUGAAGCAUAUGUUUCCGAAAUCUAAAAGUGACCUGAAUUCCAUCCAAGCACUCGAAGGGAAAGACGAAAAGAGUACGGCCAGAUCACACUCAAGCACGAAAAACGAUGGGGGAAAGAGAACCAGGAGUUCAGGGAGGUCCUCACGUUAUUCCAUACUGGAUUCGGCGCAAUAUGAUGAUUCGAAAGAAAACAGCGGUGUGGCUGUUCCGUCUUUGGCAUGCACAACCCGUUCUUUAGAUCACUGCGUGGGAAAUGUGUCGCACAGUCCCGGCGAGCUACUCAUAGCCGAAGACGAAGAAUCUUUUUUAGAUCUUGAUGAGCAGUUUUUGAAACAGCAAGCGGUAGUUGAAGAGCUGAAUUCUAACUUAACGUCCUUUAUCGUGGCGAAUAAUAUCGAUAUUCAAUCUCAUGAUGAAAAUUUGGAUUCUUCAUUUACUGAACAGACGCCAGUCACACCACCUGGAAUGCCACCAUCUGAUUUGAAAGAUCUUAACCUCCGUGAACUUGUUGAGCCUACCGGGUCACCACAGUUGGAAUACAAUGACACGGUUAGCGAUAUCUGUAUCAUAAACACGGCAGUCGAUCAGUCCAAACAGGAAACACCUUCUUCAUCCAUUGAUCUCGAUAACACCAACUCAAAGGAAGGAGCCAUUAUAGUUGAGAAACAAGAAAAUUUGCAUCUUUUGCAAGCCUAGAAUGAAGCCGUUAAAUUCCACACCAGCAGAUUUAGCAGCAGCAACACUGGAUGUGACUAAGCACGAGCUUUGUCCGAUCUUUAUGUAAGCUAAUUGUUGUAUUUUUUUUUUUUUUUUACUUAAGUCGUUUGUGAAAACAAGGGUGUUUUUUUUAUACGUUACUAUGUUUGUCAAAGCAUACUUACAGCUAAGGGUUCUAAUCCACCCUCUGCUCUUGUUUAUGCUGUUUUACUUUUAUCCAGCCUCAUGAACAAAGAACAAAAAAUUUAGAAAUUGAUAUAUAUGUGGUCUUUACGUUUAUACUUCUCGUACAUUCAACAUUUUGUUUAUUUGUUUGUUAUGUCCUUUUAUUUCUGUUUGCGUGUGCGUUGAAUGUUGAAUUUACGCAAUAGAAAAUUCAUUAUGCAGUUCUAUAAACUUGACCACCGUCAAUACACGGAAUGUAAUCAA